AUGGAAGAGACCGACAAAAGACAAGAUCUACUGGAUGAGAAAAGGGUCGAGGGCAACAUGGUCACCGGGAGAGUCCUGUACAACCCGACUCUGGACGGUAAAACUGAGAUCCAAUUAGCUUCACAGCGGAGCGUUCAGGGACGGCAUUUACACUCCUCCACAAUGCUUGUCAGCCUCCACCCUUCUCCCUCCCGUCUUCAGGACAAGCGCUUCGUCUCCCCCUCUUUCUCCCCCCAUUCUCCUCCCCAGAACCAGUCCUCUCAUCAACCUCGGCUCACCCUGCCCUUCCUCUCCCUGUCCUUCUCUCUGCUCCUCUUCUCCAUGCUCCUCUUACCCGUCUGCGAGUCUCGCAGGGGUGGAGGUCCAGGCACAGGGCCUGGAAGUGCUCCAGGGGGACAAGGGGGCCAGAGGGGAGGCGGCACCCAGCGAGGCGUUGUCAUACCUCCUCAAUACUCUCCUGCCUUACCGGCUCUUCCGCCAAUCAAUCCCAAACUGAUCAACUCGCUCAGUAUAGCAGUCAUCCUGGUGGGCAACUCUAGUGAAGUAACCUUGGGGGUUGGACUUGAGAAAGAGGACUUCCUCCACAUCCCUUAUCCUCCCAAAGUCGAGGUGGUCACCAUGAAUGAGACCGACCCCAAGAGCAUCAUCAAUCGGAUUUGCGCACAAAUGACGAGGAACUCCCUGCAAGGAGUAGUGUUCGGUGAUGACACGGACCAGGAGGCCAUUGCUCAGAUCCUGGACUUCAUCUCUGCCCAGACACACAUCCCCAUCCUGGGCAUCAGGGGAGGCUCCUCCAUGGUCAUGGCUGCCAAGGACGACCACUCCAUGUUUUUCCAGUUUGGUCCGUCCAUCGAGCAGCAGGCCUCCGUCAUGUUGAACAUCAUGGAGGAGUAUGACUGGUACAUCUUCUCAAUAGUCACGACGUACUACCCUGGCUACCAGGACUUUGUCAACAAGGUCCGCAGUACCAUCGAUAACAGCUUUGUCGGCUGGGAGCUAGAAGAAGUCUUCCUACUGGACAUGUCAGUAGACGAUGGAGACUCCAAGAUCCAAAACCAGCUAAAGAAACUGCAGAGUCCUGUAAUUCUACUGUACUGCACAAAGGAGGAGGCAAGCACUAUCUUCGAGGUGGCCCAUUCUGUGGGCCUCACAGGUUAUGGCUUCACCUGGAUCGUGCCCUCGCUGGUGGCUGGAGAUGCAGACCACGUUCCCUCUGUCUUCCCUACAGGGCUUAUCUCGGUGUCAUAUGACGAAUGGGACUACAACAUCGAGGCCAGGGUACGUGAUGCAGUGGCUGUCAUUGCCACGGCAACCUCCACUAUGAUGCUGGACCGGGGGCCACAUACCCUGAUAAAAUCAAGCUGCCUCGGAACACUUGACAAAAAGAGCUCCAACACUGGCCACUCCAAGGAGAUACUGAAGUACCUCAUGAAUGUGACAUUUGAAGGCCGAAACCUGUCAUUUAGCGAAAAGGGUCACCAGAUGUUUCCCAAACUGGUCAUCAUUCUUCUAGACAAGGACAGACAAUGGGACAGGGUUGGCAAGUGGGAGAGAGGCUCUCUGACGAUGAGGUACCAUGUGUGGCCUCGCUUUGAGCUGUACUCUGCAGCGGAGGAGAGGGAGGACCACCUGUCCAUCGUAACUCUGGAGGAGGCGCCGUUUGUCAUUGUAGAGGACGUGGACCCGCUCAGUGGGACCUGCAUGAGGAACACUGUGCCAUGCCGCAAACAGCUCAAACUGAGCAAUCAGACAGGUGAUUCAGGGAUUUACAUCAAGCGCUGCUGCAAAGGUUUCUGUAUUGACAUCCUAAAGAAGAUCGCCAAGGCGGUCAAGUUCACGUACGACCUCUACCUGGUCACCAACGGCAAACAUGGCAAGAAGGUUAAUGGGACUUGGAACGGCAUGGUUGGGGAGGUGGUGUUAAAGAAUGCCCACAUGGCAGUGGGUUCGCUCACCAUCAACGAGGAGAGGUCAGAGGUCAUUGACUUCUCUGUGCCCUUCAUCGAGACGGGGAUCAGUGUCAUGGUCUCUCGCAGCAACGGCACAGUGUCCCCUUCCGCCUUUCUUGAGCCCUUCAGUGCUGAUGUCUGGGUGAUGAUGUUUGUGAUGUUGCUGUUGGUGUCAGCCGUGGCUGUGUUUGUGUUUGAGUACUUCAGCCCGGUGGGUUACAAUCGCUGCCUGGCAGAUGGGCGAGAGCCUGGCGGUCCCUCCUUCACCAUUGGUAAGGCCAUCUGGCUGCUUUGGGGUCUGGUUUUCAACAACUCUGUCCCCGUGCAGAAUCCCAAAGGUACCACCAGUAAGAUCAUGGUGUCAGUGUGGGCCUUCUUCGCUGUCAUCUUCCUGGCCUCCUACACUGCCAACCUGGCUGCCUUCAUGAUCCAGGAGGAGUAUGUCGACCAGGUGUCGGGCCUGUCAGAUAAAAAGUUCCAGAAGCCUAACGAAUUCUCGCCGCCAUUCCGGUUUGGCACGGUGCCCAAUGGGAGUACAGAGCGCAACAUCCGCAACAACUACCGGGACAUGCAUACUUACAUGACCAGCUUCCACCAGAAGAAUGUAGAUGAAGCGCUGCACAGUCUGAAGACCGGCAAACUGGAUGCCUUCAUCUACGACGCUGCAGUGCUGAACUACAUGGCGGGCAGAGACGAGGGCUGUAAGCUGGUCACGAUCGGGAGUGGCAAGGUGUUCGCCUCCACCGGCUACGGCAUUGCCAUCCAGAAAAACUCCGGCUGGAAACGAGCUGUGGAUCUGGCUAUCCUCAUGCUCUUUGGAGAUGGUGAUAUGGAGGAGUUUGAGGCCCUGUGGCUGACAGGCAUCUGCCACAAUGAGAAGAAUGAGGUGAUGAGCAGUCAGCUGGACGUAGACAACAUGGCUGGGGUCUUCUACAUGCUUGGGGCCGCCAUGAUUCUCUCAUUAAUCACCUUCAUCUGUGAACAUUGGUUCUACUGGCAGCUGCGCUUCUGCUUCAUGGGCGUGUGCUCGGGACAGCCCGGGGCCACCUUCUCCAUUAGCCGAGGUAUCUACAGCUGCAUCCACGGGGUACAAAUUGAGGAAAACAAGUCAACCAUAGACUCACCCUCGGCCACCAUGAAGAAGAACAUGAACAACACCCACUCCAACAUACUGCGGUUGCUUCGCACUGCCAAGGACAUGACUGCCGUCCCGGGCAUUAACGGCUCUCCGCACGCUGCCCUGGAGUACAGCCACAGCGGCCGUGACUCGGCUAUCUAUGACAUCCAGGAGCACCGGCGCAGCUUGGUGGGUCACCCUGCCGACUGUAAGUCAGCGCCACCCUACCUGCCAGAGGACAACAUGUUCAGUGACUACAUCAGCGAGGUGGAGAGGACUUUUGGCAACUUGCCCCUGAAGGACAACAACCUGUACCAGGACCAUUACCUGCACCACCACCCGGCCUCGGCUCUGGGUAUGUCCGGCCCCCCGCCUAAUAGGCCGCGUAGCUUAGGCAGCACUAGCUCGUUGGAGGGGGGCAUGUUCGAUUGCGACAGUUUAGGGGGAGGGGUAGCGCCCAUCUUCACCACCCAGCCCCGCCCCUCCAUGACUCACAGGAAUACCAAUAAAUUUGACCUGAUUGCUGGCCACACCCCUGCGGAUUCCACCCAAGGUGGGUUCAAGGGAAACAAUGUGUACGGGAGGUUUUCUUUCAAAGGAGGCGCAUCCAGCACGGGGCUCAUCGGGGGUCAUGACAGGUACUGUGGUGGGGGCGGGGGAGGCUCAGGGGGGGAUGAUGGGAACAUUCGCUCGGAUGUUUCGGAUAUCUCUACGCACACUGUCACCUACGGCAACCUGGAGGGCAACAACAAGCGGCGUAAGCAGUACAGGGACAGCCUGAAAAAGAGGCCAGCUUCGGCCAAGUGCAGACGGGAGCAGGACGAGAUAGAGCUGAGCGGCCUCAGGAGGAGAGCCCACCACCACACCGUCCACCACCACUUCCCCCACGGGCCCCUGGCGCACCGCACGGUCUCACCUCCCCUGGAGCGGAAGAGGGGAGGAGGAGGGGGUAAUUCUUCACCUUACAUAUUCCGCAAAGACAAAGAGAACCUGCGGGAUUUCUAUGCGGACCAGUUCUGCUCCAAGGAGGGCAAGGCCAAGUGGGAGCAAGAGGGUGGAAAUGGAGGAAGUGGUGUGGGCGGUGGUAGUGGUGGUGGUAUCUGUAAAAGCUUAGUACCUGUGGAAGACUUCCUGAAAGGUAAAGGCAAGAAGCCAGAGUGUAAAGGUGGGCUUGGCCCAGUGUUGGCAGGGCAGCAGGCCCACACCUGCUGGGAUAAGGGGGUUUCUGGGCUAGGAGGGGGAGGCAUAGCAGGGGGUGACUGGGAUUGUCGUAACAGCCACAAUGCGUGUCACCACGGAGGAGGCAGCGUUUGCCCGGCUAGCGGCGUUGGGGGUAGCACCAGUCGCCCCAGCUCCGCUAGCUGCAAACGCUGUGACUCCUGUAAGAUCCCGCCAAGCAACCUUUACAACAUCAGCGAGGAUAUGGUGUUCGCUGGAGUGAAGAGUAGCGUAGGACCCAGCCAAAUGCAAACUCAGGCACAGCGCAGGAAGCUAGGGCCAGGUGGGAGGGUGUUACGGAGGCAACACUCGUAUGACACAUUUGUGGAUCUGCAGAGGGAGGGGGCAGGACGCAUGGGAGGGGCUGGCGGCGUUGGGGGGCAGUUUCCCCAGCCCCGAAGUGUGAGCUUGAAAGACAAAGACCGCUUCAUGGAGGGCCCCAGCCCUUACGCACACAUGUUUGAGAGGUAUGCAGGCGAAAGGGAGUCUCCCAUGUUUGGAGGAAUAGGUGGGGAUAGGGCGAAGGGCGGCUCCUCCUUCAGUGUGUUCCAUGGAGGCGAAGGUGGGUUACAUCAGCGGUCGGUGGGGGAGCGAGACCUGAGGGACAGAGAUAGAGCUAUGAUGGGAGGUGGGGGCGGUGGUGGUGGUGGUAGCAGCAGAGGGGCCGGGACUUACUCCUUGUCUAAAUCUCUCUACCCAGAUAAGGUGAACCAGAACCCCUUCAUCCCAACCUUCGGCGACGACCAGUGUCUAUUACACGGCGCCAAACCGUACUACAUGAAAAAGCCACAGACGCAGCAACAACAGCAGCAGCAGCAGCAACUUCUCAACAACAGCCGAGGAGGAGGGGACUUCCACAGCUCCAUGGGAGCAGCUUCCUAUUUGCCCGCGUCCGCCACUGCUGGGGUGAUGUCCAAUGUGGCCCCCAGGUUCCCCAAAGAGCUGUGUCUGGGCGGGGUGGGAGGGCCCAUGGGGAACCACCACGCGGCCAGCAAGCUACUGCCAGUGGGCAGGGACACGUUAGGUUUGGGGCAGGGACAGAGACCCUUCAACGGUGCCAGCAAUGGACACGUCUACGAAAAGCUCUCCAGCAUUGAGUCAGAUGUCUGAGGGGGAAGACGGAGGAAGAAAGAGAGGGAGGAGAUGAAGUGGGUGAAGAAAAGAGGGAGCAAAACAUACAGAUGCUGAUGACCUCUCUGUGUGAAGAGA